CUUUGUCGCUUUGUGUGCACAGUGUGGCGUGUGGCAAAAAUCCACGUCUUCUAGUUGCAUUUUCGUUGUUUCGUUUAAUUUUGUUGAUCGCGUUUGAGUUCCAAUCAUGGUAAAUAAUCUGAAUUGAAAAAUUUCGGCCUACAAAGUGCCAAAAAGGGUUCGUAUUGGUGAGUUUGACCAAGGGAAUGAACAUGGCUGCUCUCCGUCUGGUUUCGUUGUUGAUCCUGGCUGGGUUGGUCCCCAGUAUUUUGGCUCAUGGUUGGAGUUCGGAUGAUAUGGAAAUUUUUGAUAUUGUCGAGGAAGUUAACGAAAACUUUUACGCAUUAAUGCAAAUCAAUCAGAAUGCAACAAGUCAGGAAGUCAAGCGAGCAUUUCGAACGCUAUCGGUGGUGAUGCAUCCGGAUAAAAGCGAUGCUGAAGAUGCUAACAUCAAGUUUCGUAAUUUGGUCUCUGUUUACGAAGUAUUGAAGGAUGCCGGUAAGCGGGAAAAGUACGAUCGAGUGCUAAAGGAGGGUUUGCCGAAUUGGAAAUCGGCACUGUACUACUACCGACGUGUGCGGAAGGUCGGACUGGCCGAGGGAGCCGCUAUUUGCCUGAUUGUUGCUACUGUUAUGCAGUAUUUUAUUGCUUGGGCAGCCUACGCCGAGAAAAAAUACACUGCCGAACAAUUAUUUGGAAGUAAACUAAAAAAGCUGCAGAAAAAGAACAAGACAAAUGUGGAUAUCGAUAUGAUUUUAAAGGAAAUUCCGACUCCCAGCUUGUGGAAUCUGCUGCCAUUUCAAAUUCCUUUGGGCAUUUGGCGGACUGUUACUGGAAUUCCCGCAGCUAUCAAAUCGGCUAUACACUAUUAUGCAGAGCAGAAAAAAAUAGAGGAGGAGCGUAAGCUUAAAGAAAAAGAAGAGGAAGAAUUCCAGCGCAAGUUGGAAGAAGAACGAGCUCGUGAAAAGGAAAAUCGCACCCUACGCCGGCGGAACAAAAAGUUCGUUGCACCGGAGAAGACGGACGAGGAGUUGGCCGCUUACACGCAGAGCAUUAUUAGUAAAGCCUCGGAUGAGUGCACGACAACGGGGAAAAAUCGCCCUGGAGCUAAAACAGAAAUUAGCGGUGGUUUGUGGACCGAGGACGAUCUAAUCGAGCUGGUGCGGUUAGUGAAAAAGUAUCCUGGCGGAACGACUGAUCGUUGGGAGAUCAUAGCCGAGAUGAUGGGUCGCUCGGUGUCGGAAGUAACCUACAUGGCGGCCAAGAUGAAAGACGUUGGCUAUAAGGUGAUUGGUCAGACUGAAAGCGUGGCGGAAACGAUUGUACAGGAGGCUAGCAAACAGAAGGUGAAGACGAAAAAGACUGAAACGGUUUUGGUAGAUGAAGCGGAGGUGAUAACAAGUUGGACACAAGCGGAACAGGCAGCACUGGAAUCUGCUAUUCAAAAGUAUCCGAAAAGUGGAUCCGCCGAUCGGUGGCAAAAGAUUGCCAACAACGUGCCCGGGAAGUCCAAGGAGGAAUGCAUUGCACGCUACAAGUAUUUAGUGGAGCUGGUUAAAAAGCAGAAGGAAAAAGAGGCGACAGAAGCGGCGGCAAUCAAGGCGGAAGAAUGUCCCGCGGUCGAGCCAUGUGAGGAACCACCAGCGGAGGACGGCAAAGUCAGGACAAAAUCGAAAAAGGCUCGCAAACCGGCGGAGCCAAUACCGGACGACGUAGAAAAGGACGAGGCUGAAGUAGAUACGACCGGUAAGACAACUGCAACUGGCGGCAAGGCCAAGAACAAACGACGGGAACGGAAAAAAGCCAUAGAAUAUUACAACUACGAAGAUUUUCAGGAAGGGAGCGAUCCGGGAGAAAUUUAAUUUAUUAUUUCAUUGGUAAAUGUGCUUGAUUACUAAGUGUCGCACGGUUGUAGGACUUCGCUUACAAAGAAAUAAAAAAACGCACAAA